CCGGCGCGGGUUCGAGCGACGCGCUAGGAAGCGGGUGAGGCCGAGCAGCUCUUGCCGAAGCUGACCAGGCCGUACUUGAGCGGCGGGCCGACCGCAGAGCAAUUCGGCGGGCCUCCGCUGAUAUCCGCCCGGCCGAGCGAGGUGGGACAAAGCGGGACCUCAUUCUUCACCAUUGUGCACCCCGAUUCGGCUUGGAAGAGGCCCAACAAAGACUGGACCAAAGCCAUGUGUUCCUGCCAGCAGACAGUUCCACUAGGAUUUUAAGGCCAUCAUUUACCUGGCUUCAGUGCUUGAGGCAGAGGUGAUUGUGCAUCAUUCCUGUUCCCCACUGUGGGGAAGGGGAGAGUAUUAGCAGAUUAUGGAUCCUCUGACCCGCCCAAGUGGAGAUAUUAUGCGGCGGAAUCCCCAGCAAGACUACGAGCUCAUCCAGAGGGUGGGGAGUGGCACCUAUGGAGAUGUCUAUAAGGCCAGAAAUGUGCACAAUGGCGAGUUGGCUGCAGUUAAAAUUAUCAAACUAGAACAAGGAGAUGAUUUCUCAUUAAUACAGCAAGAAAUCUAUAUGGUUAAAGAAUGCAAGCACUGUAAUAUAGUAGCAUACUUCGGAAGCUAUCUCAGCCAUGAGAAGCUAUGGAUUUGUAUGGAAUACUGUGGAGGAGGGUCCCUUCAAGACAUUUACCAUGUAACGGGCCCUCUGUCAGAGUUACAGAUUGCGUAUGUUUGCAGAGAGACAUUGCAGGGACUUGCUUAUUUGCACAUGAAAGGCAAGAUGCAUCGGGACAUUAAGGGUGCAAAUAUUCUAUUGACUGACCAUGGAGACAUCAAGCUAGCUGACUUUGGCGUGGCAGCAAAAAUAACAGCCACUAUUGCAAAGAGGAAGUCAUUUAUUGGCACCCCUUACUGGAUGGCUCCAGAAGUGGCAGCUGUAGAAAAGAAUGGCGGCUACAACCAACUCUGUGACAUCUGGGCUGUGGGCAUAACAGCAAUUGAGCUUGGAGAGUUGCAACCACCCAUGUUUGAUCUUCACCCCAUGAGGGCUCUCUUUCUAAUGUCCAAAAGUAACUUUCAACCUCCAAAGCUAAAAGAAAAAACAAAAUGGUCAUCAACAUUCCAUAAUUUUGUCAAAGUAGCACUUACAAAAAAUCCAAAGAAGAGGCCAACUGCUGACAGACUUCUGACACAUAGCUUUGUUGGGCAGCCUGGACUUUCUCGUUCUCUGGCUGUUGAGCUCUUGGACAAAGUGAACAAUCCUGAUAACCACCCCCACUAUACCGAGACAGAUGAUGAUGAUUUUGAGCCACACCCUAUUAUUCGCCACACGAUUCGCUCUACCAACAGAAAUGUCAGAGCCGAAAGGACAGCAUCUGAAAUAAAUUUUGACAAGUUGCAGUUUGAACCACCUUUAAGGAAAGAGACAGAAGCCCGGGAUGAAAUGAGAAUACCAGCCGGAGCACCCUUUGCUUCACAUUGGAGCCCUUUCACUGAUGGUGGAGGUUGUGCCAAGGGACAUCUUACCAAAUUUGGUGAUGGCCAUGAAGAUGCUGAGGAAUCAACAUUGAAAAGAGCCGGACCCCCUCCUCUGCCUCCAAAGCCUCGAUUAGAAGAAAUUUUCAUGGAUAAUGAGAAGUCCCAGACGAUCAAGUAUUGUCCCGAUUUCCAAAAUCAAGCCUCACCAGGUCACCGAAGACAAAGCAUACCUGUUUGUGGACCUCAGUUAGAACCCCCUGUAUUUGGGAUGAGCAGCAGUGUCAGCAGCCCUGGUCUGCUCACAGCCAGAUACACAGAUUUGGGUAACGGGGACACUGUGAUAAAGCAUCUUGAGGAAAACGCUGAGGGAUCGGGCCAUAUGCCGCAGCUGCCACGGAAGAAGGAGAAGCGGGAAUUCCUGAAGCCAGCAAUCAAUGGCCUGCCACCAACGCCAAAAGUGCUGAUGGGAGCAUGUUUUUCAAAAGUGUUUGAUGGCUGUCCUUUGAAGAUCAAUUGUGCCACAUCAUGGAUACACCCAGACACCAAAGAUCAGUAUAUUAUCUUUGGGACUGAGGAGGGCAUUUACACGCUGAAUCUCAAUGAGCUGCAUGAAGCUACCAUGGAGCAGUUGUUCCCACGGCGGUGCACAUGGCUGUAUGUUAUCAACAACACUUUAAUGUCACUCUCAGAAGGGAAAACAUUCCAGCUCUACUCCCAUAACCUAAUAGCUUUGUUUGAACAAGCCAAAAAAACAGGAAUAGCUGCUCAUAUUCAGACCCACCGAUUUCCCGAUAAAAUACUACCAAGAAAAUUUGCCUUAACAACAAAGAUCCCAGAUACAAAAGGAUGCCACAAAUGUUGCAUAGUAAGAAACCCAUAUACAGGUCAUAAAUAUCUCUGUGGAGCUUUGCAAUUGGGAAUUGUUUUGCUUCAGUGGUAUGAACCAAUGCAGAAAUUCAUGUUAAUAAAGCACUUUGAUUUCCCUCUGCCAAUGCCACUGAAAGUAUUUGAAAUGCUGGUGAUCCCUGAACAGGAAUACCCUAUGGUAUGUGUUGCGAUCAGCAGAGGGGCUGAACCAAAUCAGGUUGUACAGUUUGAGACAAUCAACUUGAACUCCGCUUCUUCAUGGUUUACAGAAAUUGGUACAGGUUGUCAACAACUUGAUGCCAUCCACGUCACUCAGCUGGAAAGAGAUACAGUUCUUGUUUGCUUGGACAGAUUUGUGAAGAUUGUGAAUUUGCAUGGUAAGCUGAAGUCAAGCAAGAAGUUGGCAUCAGAACUAAGUUUUGAUUUCUGCAUUGAAUCUGUAGUGUGCCUCCAGGACAGCGUGUUGGCCUUCUGGAAACAUGGGAUGCAAGGCAAAAGUUUUAAGUCUGAUGAAGUUACCCAGGAGAUCUCUGAUGAAACAAGGGUGUUCCGUUUACUGGGCUCUGACAGGGUGGUGGUGCUGGAAAGCAGGCCGACUGAUAAUCCAACAGCACACAGCAAUCUCUACAUUUUGGCAGGCCACGAGAACAGUUACUAAGCAACCGUGAAUCGACUUGGAACUGUGAGCCAGCAAUAUGUUGCCUAAGGAAGCCGCUCUUUAUGGAUCUCCUGUUCAAGACAUAUUAUGUGGCGCCUUUUCCUCUCCUCUUCUGCCUCUGCCUUCACGUUCUCCAAUUGAUGUCUGAAUGGACCCUGUUUUUAGGAUCAAGAGCCAAACGUCGCACGUGUCAUGCAGCUGGGAAGCAGCUGUUCUCUCCCUUGCCACUGUGUGGUUGGUUAUGUUGUUGGCUUAAUAAAAGCUGUGAGAUCAUCAGUCCCUUCUGUUUGUUAGGCCUACAGAAGCAUGGAUGUUGGAAAAUCUCAAAAUGCAGUCAAAAUGAUUUGGGACAGGAUUUCUUCAUGCUCGGGUUCAUGGCUUGGGCUGCUGAUUUCAUCAUCAUCUGACAAUGCCUACUUUUUGGAUACUGGGAGUUGAAGUCAACAGCAAAAUAAGGAAAGGGGGGAGGCCUGUGGGGCAGGAGGCAGUGGACAUGAAUUUCUCCUCUGUGAGGCCUUUGUGGGUUUUCUCCCAUGCCACCAAAACAUCCCCGUGUCAGGGAAUGCUCAGCAGAGGUUCCCAGGAAGUUGUUUUUUGUGUCCUUAUUUUUUAACGCAGCUGUUCUCUAUGGAUUUGUAAAGAAACACUAUUUAAUCUUUAUUUAUUAAUCUGCUGCUAGGGUGAUGUGAUGCAUUUUAACUUCCAGCACACGAAGGUUGCAGCGCAGCUUUUGGUUGUGGGUGGGUGGGUGGUUUGUUUUGGGAUGUGUUUUUUUUAACAAUUGUAAAAAAAAAAAAACAGCAUUCUUGACCUUUUCUUAGAUAUAGGACAUUGUUGAAGGGAGGUGUUUAUAUAGAGAGGAUUUUAAAAUUUAAACCAAGCCUUUUUCGAUAUAUAAAAUCUGUUUUGUAGAAGAAUAUUUCAUAUGGGUUUGCCUUCUAGAGUUGGUCAUUAAAGAUCAUUUGGUAUUGACUGAAAUUAUGUAUGAAAUGCAAGGUAAGUAUUAGAGAGGAUCAAUAACAGUCCGGAAAAUGGACAAGAAGUAUAAAAUAGAUAUAGGUGAGUUAUGCAGUACAUUUGCGUGUAUGCGAGUGUGAACCUGAAGAGGGAAGCCACAUUCCAUAUGUCAGUUCUCAUAAGUGUAUUGGAGGAACAGAGGUUUAUCCAGAUCUACAAGCGUUUGUGCUCCUGACUCAGCAGUCAAAAUGUGACACAAGUUUGUCCUGGUCACCAAUGGUUAACAGAGUCCUGGAGUAGCUCUAGAUGUUGACUAGCCAUUUGUGAGGGGUGCCUGUGCUUUGUCCCCAAAGUGUGUCUUAUUGGAAAAAGAUAACAGCUUUUUCCCACAGCAACCCUCCUAAUGGGCCCCAAUGUCAAACUAGAGAUUCAGAAUGGCCUGGACUGGAUAAACCUUCCUAAACACGAUGCCCCUGCAUGUUUCAAGGAGUUUUUAAAUGCUUUAAUUUGUUCAUGGACACAUAUUUUAUUUAUACUAUGCCAGAAUGAAGUUGGAUAAAAUGCAGUGCCUAGGAAAAAUGAAAUAUUUCUUUCAACUUGGGCACAUUUGAGUGGUAGGUUUAUUUCUUGGUGGUAUGGUAUAAAUAUAUAUAUAAGAAGCAGUAUUGUCUAAUAAAUCUUGGGAAAUCUUAUUUUCUCCAUUAUCCUUUGUUCAAGGCUGUCGUCCAUGUUGUUUCCUUUUUUGUUUUCCCAAUUAAAAAAAAUAUGCCCAUUAAA